AUGGCGGGCGACGAUCAUUACCUUACUUUGCAAUGCCCCGAUAAGGCAGGUAUUGUGUACGCGGUCACGGGACUGCUCGCGAAAGAGAACCUCACUAUUCUGGACUUGCAGCAAUUCUCCGACCCGAUGUCCAAGACUUUCUUCAUGCGCGUGCACUUCGGCCAUUCUGCUGAGCUCAAUGGCUUGCAGGAGAGCAUGAAAAAGCUGGCCGCGGACAUGCAAAUGGACUACCAAAUCCGCCGCGUGGACGCGAAGCCCAAGGUCCUCAUCAUGGUCUCCAAGAUUGGUCACUGUCUGAACGACCUCCUCUUCCGCGUCAAGUCUGGACAACUGAAGGUCGAAGUACCAAUCAUCGUUUCAAACCACCCAGAAUUCGCCGAGGUGUCGAAGAACAACGGCAUCGAGUUCCACCACCUCCCUGUAACCAAGGAUACGAAGGAGCAGCAGGAGACCCAGAUUCUGGAUCUCAUUGCGAAACACAACAUCGAUCUUGUUGUGCUGGCGCGCUAUAUGCAGGUCCUCUCACCACGACUUUGCACGGAAAUGUCGGGCAAGAUUAUUAACAUCCAUCACUCUUUCUUGCCCAGCUUCAAGGGAGCGAAGCCAUACCACCAGGCUUACGAGCGUGGCGUUAAGAUUAUUGGUGCGACAGCGCAUUUCGUCACUGCCGACUUGGACGAGGGUCCGAUCAUCGAGCAGCGCGUUGCAAGAGUCGACCAUGCACUCAGCCCUAAGGAAUUAGUCGAGGAGGGUAGCAAUGUUGAAAGCCAGGUUCUUGCAGCUGCAGUUAAGUGGUGGAGUGAGAAAAGGGUGUUCUUGAACGGCGCGAAGACUGUUGUUUUCAACUAG